AUGCCUGCAACGUACGAUGUACCCCUUGACGGGAAGAACAAGCAAAUAAGGCUGCUUGAGCUUCAGCCAGCAACAAGUCAGGAUACGCCGAUAAAAUGUGUUCCGAAUAUUGUGUCGCUCGUGGAUAAGCCCGUUUACACCGCAUUGUCCUACACCUGGGGAGAUCCUGCCGACAAGUGCGCAAUCACCUUCGAUGGCGACGAUAACUUCCGCAUUCCCAAAAGUCUUGAUGGGCUUCUUCGCCAGAUACGGUCCAGCGACUCCGCCAAAGCUAUCUGGGCAGACGCCAUCUCUAUCAACCAAGCCCCCAACGCACCAGAGAAGAAUGGUCAGGUUGCAUUGAUGGACAAAAUCUACUCUCAAGCCACCGAGACUUUCAUCUGGCUCGGGGGAGCAGCAGAUGACAGCGACCUGGCAAUGAGCGCCAUUCACAGACUACACAUCGAUGACGUCUGGAAUAUCACUGCCAACACAUUCAGCGAGCAGGAGCUGGUUGCCAUCGUCGCAUUGCAAGCUCGAGGGUGGUGGUCUCGCACAUGGGUCAUCCAAGAGAUAUUGCUCUCGCCGAAUCCGGUCAUUCUCUGUGGUUCGAAGACAGCAUCAGUUGAAGCCUUCGUUCACCUUGACGAUGUGAGGCGCGGAUACCAUCGCCCAAGCCGCAAGUACAUCGACAAUGCAGAACAGCCUUCCCGGUUUGAACUUACUCAAAACAAAUUUUCGGUAAUCUUGACAGACUAUCCAGAGGACAAGGAACUCAUCAAAGCGGGCCAAUCAAACUUGAGUACAUGGUCCAAAGUGGCUGACUACUUCUACGCUACGGACCCCCGCGACAAGAUUUAUGGGCUUCUUGGUAUUGGGAAGCAACAGGAGAGGUCAGACCUGUUACCAAUACUGCCAGACUACAGCGAGAGCGUAACUGUAGCAGACGUCUAUGCUCGUGCAACGGCUCGCUUCAUUUUGGAAUGGCAGUAUCUGCUGCCCCUCCAGUUCAACGUGGAUGAUGUUGACCCGGACCUCCAUCUUCCCUCGUGGUGCCCAGACUACUCCAACCGCCCGGACAGGGAGAAGACAGCGUAUAGAGGUUUUUGGCUCGGGCCAACUACCCCAAGAGGAUUCUUCGCCAGCGGGCUCGAUGUGAAAAUUUCCGAUGGUGUGGAAAAGAUGUUCCCGCAGUCUACAUCGUCAGACAGACAUAGGAAGGUAAUCCAUCUUACUGGAUGGAUAAUUGAUACCGUGGUGUACGCAAGCGAGAACCCGUAUCUACCGCAAUACUCAGGCAGCAAUGGGGGGGAAAGAGCACGGAACGUCAGGCAAAGAGCAGAACAGACGCGGGUCAAUGUUCUGAAAUGGGAAGAGGAGGCAAGGCGGCGGUUGUCGACUCAAAGCCCGUAUCAGCCAAAGAGUGUGGACGAUGUGUUUUGGCGCACCCUCAUGGCUGACCGAGAUUUCAGUUGGGAUCUGGUCCCAGACUCUUAUAAGCAAUACUUUGAUAUCUGGCUGGGGCGUAGCCUUCUACCGCCACUUUUGCCAAGCCAUGGAGAUCCGGAAACCGAGGACGAACUGGAAGAGAGGAGACGGAUCCAUGUCAAACCUUUCACCGACUCAGCCAUCACACGCACUCAUGCCAGGUCCUUCAUAAUCACGGCCAGUGGAUACAUGGGCCUUGCAUCUAAGAAGACUCUUGUGGGGGAUACUGUGGUGGUGUGUAAAGGUAGCUGUGUGCCGUUUGUGCUACGGUCUCACAAGGAUGUGGAGGAGUGGACCUUUUUGGGCGAGAGCUUCAUCAUGGGCAUCAUGGAAGGUCAAAGUGUUGCGAACCAUCAGCACGCAUCGUUUGUGAUUGUGUGA